AUGAGGGGAACCAGAUCAUUCAUGGGCCCCUACGUAUAAUCUCAAUUCUCAAUCUCCUCCCUCUCAUGGGUCUUUUCUUUAUUAAUUGAUUAAUUUGCUGAAAAUAAAAGCUAAGAAAUUUAUGUUACUUGCUUCUUCAUCACUGCCUGAAGUGAAAUAGAGAAAGAAAGAAACAAGUUUAGCUGAAUAAGCAAGAAAAGAAAAAACCCAAAACAAAACCCUUCUCUCUUUCUCUCUCUAUACUUGCAUAUACCUAGGUCAAGCAAACCACCGAGAACGAGAACAAGAACAAGAAGAGGAAAGAAGAAAGGCAUGGCUUCUUGUCUUGUUUAGGGUUUUUGGCGUACUCUCUUCUCUAAUUUUUGGUCAAAGAAGAAGGCACCGACCCUUUUGGUUUGCUUCUCUUCUUGGCCUCACAGAUCUUGAACCCAAAAUCUUCUUACCAAGAAAACAAAUCUUUUCUACAGGUGAGACUCUUGUUUUACUUCAUCUCACUACAAUUAUAUCCCAUCUUUCUUUUCUUUUUCCAUCAAUAUCAUCAUCAUCAUUAUCAUUUUCUUUUUCUUUCUUUCUUGUGGCUGGAUUUUUAUUCUUCAAGAUCUACUGUGAUAACUGAUAAAAAAGCUCAAAAUUUUUUGAGUGGGGUCAUAAUCAUGAACUUUGUUGAACAAGAAAGAGAGUAUUGUGAUAAAGGAGAAGAACAAGAAGAAGAGGAAGAAGAAGAAGAAGAAGAAGAGGAAGAAACAAUUAUGACAACAACAAGCAUGCUCCCGUUUCCUUCUCCUUCAUCUCCAUCAUCUUCUGCUACUGCCAAGUACAGAAAUUUUCUGCCUCAGCACCACAACAGCCUGUGGCUUGCCUCAUCUGAUCACUCUCAACAAGAUAACAAAACCCAAGAAUCAUCUCUCAAUUUCGACAAGAAACUAGACCUCAUGGACUUGUCACUUGGGAAUGAUAAUAGAACUCUCAAUACAAGUACUAGUACUGCUGGUGCUAGUAGUGGGUCUAUUGAAAGAGAGCAUAUGUUUGAUAAAGUAGUAACUCCAAGCGAUGUAGGCAAGUUAAACAGACUGGUCAUACCAAAACAACACGCAGAGAAGUACUUUCCUCUUGAUUCUUCCUCGAAUGAAAAAGGUCUUCUCUUGAAUUUCGAAGACCGGAAUGGCAAACUUUGGAGAUUCCGAUACUCCUAUUGGAACAGUAGCCAAAGCUAUGUUAUGACUAAAGGCUGGAGUCGUUUUGUGAAAGAGAAGAAGCUUGAUGCAGGUGAUAUCGUGUCGUUUCAACGCGGUGUAGGCGAGUCAGGGAAACACCGUCUGUAUAUAGACUGGAGACGCAGGCCCAAUGCACCAGAUCCAACAUCGUUUACACAUUUAGAGCUACAAAAUCAGCUACACUUCCCACAGUCGGUGAGGUGGGGUAGGCUCUAUUCUUUGCCUCAGCCUUUAUCUGUGCCAAGAGUUCCAUUUGAGCAAUCUCAAUUCCACCAUUUGAAUUACACUAUUCAACCUUAUAUCCAUAAUCACCAUGAUCAUCACUAUCAUCAUCAUCAACAGCAACAACAGGUAACAAGUUAUGGCAACGCUGCGGCCCCGCAGUAUUACUUAAGGCCAUCGCCACCUCCACCACUACCAUCACCAGGGACAGUACGAAUUGGGGCAGUACAUCAUCAUCAUCAUCCACAACAGCAGCAAGAAGAAGGAGGGGAUAAAGGAUCAAUGGUGAUUGAUUCAAUCCCAAUUGUUAAUGGUAGAAGUGCGGGAAAGAGACUGAGACUAUUUGGUGUAAACAUGGAGUGUCCAACACAAGAUGAUCAAUACUCUUCUUCAUCCGAUAACUUACCUCAUGGAAGCACAGUGUUGAGUUCGUUUUUUCCUCAUUUAGCUUCCCACUCAAGACCACCAAGCAGCAGCGGCGCCUCAAUGCCAACAAGCAGGCAAGCUGAUGCUCAUCAUGAAUUUCCAAAGAAAGGAAAGACUUCCUUAUCUUUUGAUUUGGAUAUUUGAUCAUAUACAUCUCAAGUGAUCAAGAAUUAUAAGAUACUAUUUAUUUAGUUACUUAAAGUACUAUCACCCCCCUCAUCUAAUUUCGCCAUUGGGUACUCAAUUGAUGAAAAUAUAUUGGAUGAAUUUUCAACGUUAUUCUUCUUGGCUUUCGUACGUCCUUCCUUUCUUUUAAUUUGCUUUCAAGUUGGUAAAUUAGUUUAGCUGAGAUUUGGGGGUGGAUUUGUGAAGUGCAGAAGAGAUGGAAGAGCUAGUAGCAGUGCAACAAAAUGUGGAGUUGAAAAGAAAGAAGAGAUAAUCCUUUUGUUCAACUGUGUAUAAUACAAUAUAUACAAAUAAAUAAAAAAAGAAGAAAAGAACGAGCACCAAUUCCAUCAAUGUAUUUAUUGAUUGAUUGAUUGAUUUUAUUUCCUUUCUUUUAGAAGGGCCUGGAGUUGCCAAUAACUGUAUACAUGGUAGAUGGUCAAUUCCCAGUUUGUUUGGGUUACAUUUGUUCCUCCUUAGAUAUCAAAUGUACUUUCUUUCUUCUUCCCUCUUGUUGACAGUCAUCAUAUAACGGUACAUUGUUAAGAGGAUGGGAUAGUGCAAAAGUUUCUUUUUCUCUCUCUCUCUCUCUCUCUCUCUCUCUUUUGUUUCUAUUACCUUAUUAGGAUAAUGUUGUAGCUAUAGCUGCUGCUUAGUUAAGAGAGGAUUGCAGGCGGUGUUGCAGAAAAGUUGCAGCGCUGUAAAAGCCACUUUCUUGUCUGGAUUAGUGGCAGCACAUC